GACGUAGACGUAGGCUUUCUUCUUGAUCUGUCGAGUGUGCACAAAACAAUGGUUCACAAUUUGGAGGCUUGGCUGAGUGGAGGAGUUAAACAUCAUUUCACAGAACUGCGCAAAAUGAAGCAAUUCGUUUAUAUUUAUCUGUGUCUAGCGGUGGAUUUCAAGCUGGUUUUAAGCGUCUUUUCGAGGGAGACACCGGCUCUCGGGUCAACAAACAGUCCGAGGCUUCUGAGUCCAGAUAUAAAUGGUACUUGGUAUGAAUACGAAACUCAUCAGAACCACAGUGUGUUCUCGUACCAGGAGGAAGAGCAGGAGCUUUAUGUCGGAGCUACAAAUUUCGUUUUAAAAUUAGACACAGAUAACUAUCACGUCAUAGAGAAAUGUCCAAUAACAACAACUGGACAGCAGCAGUGCUCUGAUGGUCCCUGUAAAAAUGUAAUCACCGUCAUAGAGAAGUUUCAGGAUGACCUGUUUGUGUGUGGGACAAACGGACACAUACCAAAGUGCUGGAAGCUUAACCAGACCUGUGAGGUAGUUUCCAGUUACGAGGGAGCAGGCAUCUCUCCGUUAGUCCACACACACAACUGUUUGACGCUCGCAGUGGAUGGGGAUUUAUAUGCAGCGGCACCUUUGGGCAUUGAUGGGGAUUCUUUGCAGUUCAGGAGAAAAGCUGGGAAGCGAACUAAUGUCUGGAUGUAUAACAGAUGGCUGUCAGAGCCUACGUUCAUCUCUGUAUCCUGGGUGAAGCGUGUUGACGACCCAGAGAAUGAGAAAAUCUACAUCUUCUUCCGAGAAAAGAACGCUGACCACAGCCCAGAUGCUGAUCCCUGGAUUUCUAAGGUGGCCAGAGUUUGUAAGACUGAUGAAGGUGGAUCAAAAAGAUUCUUCCAGAACAUGUGGACGUCCUUCCUGAAGGCUCGCCUCGUCUGUGGGUUUCCAGAUGAGUCACUGUAUUUCAAUCGUCUCCAGGAUGUGUAUGUGAUGCACGCCGAUGACUGGCACAACACGAGAGUCUACGCUCUUUUCACCAGCAGCUGGAACUCAACUGCCGUUUGUAUCUAUUCGAUAGAAAUGAUAGAGGAGAUAUUUGAAAAUUCAACUUUCAGAGGCUAUACUAAUGACAUCCCUACACCACGGCCUGGAAAAUGUGUCCCAAACAGCAAAAGUCUGUCACGGGCCACAGUGAACAUAGUGAAGAAUCAUCCUGAAAUGGAUGACUGGGUGCACUCCCUCUAUUACAAAGCUCCUUUUUAUAUAAGCAACCACAAUUACACCAAGAUACUUGUUGACCGGGUUCAAGCAGCAGACCAGCAAGUGUACAACGUUUUGCUCCUUGUUACUGAUAUUGGCAAAAUCCAUAAAGUCCUAGAGGCUGGUUCGGAGCCUUUUAUCAUAUCAGAAACACAGCUCUCCAGCAUUUCAACAAUCCAGGCAGUGAAGCUUGACACUAAAAAGAAAAGAUUAGUGGUGGGUUUUUCUGAGAAAAUAUCCACAGUGGACCUUCAGAGAUGUGAAGAGUACAACAACUCUUGCGCUGACUGUGUUCUGGCGCGUGACCCAUACUGUGCAUGGACCACAUCUGGAUGCACCCCUUCUAACCUUGGGGGCAUUCAGAAUAUAAAGGAUGGGCAUACAAGUGUUUGCUCAACAGCAGCAGAUGAUCUAAAGGUAGUAUAUAAGUACAAAAGGCAGAUAGAUUCACUAAAGAGUUCAAGGACAGUUCAUUCAGUCCCCGAAGGUGUCCCCUUCUAUCUGUCCUGUCCUAUAGACUCCUAUCAUGCCGAGUACACCUGGGAGCAUGAAGGUCAUCACAGUCCAUGCCUGCAGAUGCUUUCCAACUGUCUGCAUCUCAUUCCUUCUAUGGGAAAGGAGAACUAUGGGACAUAUGACUGUGUCUCCAGAGAGAAGGACUACACCAAGACUUUGAAACAAUACCAACUUAUGGAGCAACAAUAUCUGGAGGAAAAGAUCGACAAGAGAAGCUUUGCUCAUCCUAAGCUGAAUAAUGCACUAGGCCUUGCUCCUAAACUGACAUGGAUUUUACUCCAGAAUGCAGUGAUGUGGGAAAUAUUGAGAUAGCUUCUGCUAACAACAGCUUUAAUCCUGGACACAAAGCCACCUGCACAGUUCUUCAAAACAUUCUAGACUGCACUUGAACAAAACCAACAUCAGGGGACCUGUCCAUGCAGCUCUAUAGUUAUAAAUCACCAGUAGCCACUAAAAACUAACAAGAGUGGGGAGAACAGAAGGUAGGAAUGGUCAAGACUCAUGGGAGGUUUAGUUUAAACCUGUUUGUCUUGUGUGCAGAAAUGGUAUGCCUCUAUUUAAAUAGUAUAACAUCAAAUUAACCAAAACUGAACUUUAACUACUGUUAUGCAGCAUGUAUUUCUAUGUUGGACUCAGCUGUGGUGUGCAUGUCAUGCUACCAUCCAUCUUAAGAACCUUUACUAAGGAAUGCCUGGCGAAUUGGGCUUAGAGAAGAAGAAAGGGGAUCACUGCCCUCUGGGGGAGCGUGAGUCAAGCAAUGGGUUAUCUCUGUUGAUGGGAAGGGUAGAGGGCUAGAUAAAUAAUUGGAGCAUGUGGUGAUCUAUACACCAACUGUCACCUAUGGUCUGAGAUAUGGAUCAUGAUGAAAAGAGUGAGGUCCCAGAUAAAAUGGUCGAGAUUAGCUUUCUCCGAAAGGUAGUUUGGCUCAGCCUUAGAGACAGGUUGAUUGAAAGGGGUCAGCUGAGGUGAUUUAGACAUCUAAUCAUGAUGCAUGUUAGAGGCCUCUCCUUGGAGGUUUUCUAAAUGCCUCCCACUGGGAGAAAGCCUAGUGACAGAACCAGUUGUCUUUAAAGGGACUAAAUAUCCCUUCUAGCCAUAGAUGACUUUGAAAUCUUCCAGUAUGAGAUACAGAGUGUCGUUGGGGAGAAGGAUGUCUGGGCAUUCCACCUGGACCUGCUACCUCUGUUACAUGACUUUAAGAAAAUGGAGGACAACAAAUGAAUGGAUGGAGUUACCCAAUCACUUAAACAUGUGAAAUUUUGUUUCCUUUAAAAAAAGGCAAAUGCGAACUUUAAUUCAUUGGUGAAGAAGUUGGAUGUUAUCCAAAGAACAACGGUUAUCAGUAACUUGUUUUAACAUCCGGGAUUAAUCCUAGAUGUACCCUUGUUAGAUAAUGUAUUGUAUCCUGACUCCAAUCUUAAGGUUUAGAGUAACCUUUAAUAAUGAAAAGUACCACCCAUUCUCGUAAACGUGAUGAGUGGAAAGGACUGAAGAUUUAUCGGCAAGGAAAGAGGAAAGGGAGACCGCUGAGACUGUAAAUGGGUUGGGUGAAAGAUGAUAUGCAUAGGGUUGGUCUGGCCGGGACAGGGUGAGAUAGGGAGAGUUGCUGAAAGAAAACAUGCCUUAUUCAAACACAGCGUUGUUAAUGUUGAAAACCUAAGUUAUUUUUGUUUUGUGUUUCAGUGAAACUCAAGUCACCACACCUAUGUCUAUGAAGUGGAACAUGUGGUGAUUGAGGGAGAAAACAGCACACCCAGUUACUCAUCCAUUAAAAUGAGAAAAAUAAAAAGAAGUUGAAAGAUGCAUUUAUUGCAAAUGAUGGUUCAGUCUUUACUGUAGUACUUUCAGAAAAACAACAUCUUCUAAUUGUGAGCAUCAGCUACAUGAAACGCUCAAGUUGGGACAGUUUAUCUGCACUUGUAGGUCUUCUGUGUCAAGCCGUCCAUUAAAGCCUAUAAAGUAUAGAGUUCAGAGUAUAUUUCCUCUCUGCCUCCUUCCUCAACACAGAUUGGAGUGUAAUCUCUAAUGUGUUAGAUGGUUCAGUAAGGGGUAGAAUCAUAAAGGAAAGUGAUUUAACAGCUUUUAUUUUUGCUCUUAGUGGUCAGGGAGAAAUCUGAAAAAGAAAAUGCACACCACACAGCUGUAGUUCAGACACAGCAUAGCUUCAAACUGCACUUUAAAACUUUUUCAAUUAAGCUUUCUGCAGGUUGCUUUUUCACAAUGUAGACAUAGUAUUGCACUAUAUUAGUGAGUUGUAUUAAAUUAUUUUCUAUAUAUAAGUGUUGCAAUUGAAUAGCAAUAAAAUGUUGAUUGGAAACACUAAAUUUGUAAAAUAUGAAUUUUAGAUGGAUAUGUUUGCUCUGUAUACCAUAUUUGAAAAAGAAGCAUGUUAAAAGAUAACAUGCAGAGAAAACAGCUAAUGAUUGUAGACAAAACAAAGGAGAUGAUCAUUGAUUUGAGGAGGUCGUGACCUGAGAGCACACUCCUCAGCGUCAACUCCAGCAGCAAUAAGGCAGACGGGAGUGCUCUUCAUAGUAUUGUGAGGGGAGCAGAUACGGUUACUGCAGUGACCCUCCCCUCUGUUUCGGGUCUGUUUCAAAGCUACUGUGACAGCAGGGAAAUAAACAAUGUCAGAUAUUUCUCAAACCCCCUACAUAAACAUUCUUAGUUGUUGCCAUCGGACAAACUACAACAGCAUCAAAAGAAGAACCCCCAGACUGCUUCACAACCUCUGCAUCAAGUUGUUAAAAUGCUGAACUGCUGUUAUGAUUAUGUUCUUUACAUAAUUAUAAUUAUACUGAUCUUUUAUCUGCAUUGUGUUGUUAUCUACUUGUGUUCUGUUGUGUGUUUAAUGAUUUGGCAUACUGUUUUAUACAAAAUGUGAAAUACUGUCUCAUUUUAUGGACCCCCUGGUCCAGAGCCAGGUAAACAUUUGGGACUGCAGACCAGGUGUACUGAAACACUGGUUAGACUUGGACCAAAGUCCUUCAGAAUUGAGAAUCAUAAAGCAUUGCCCCACAGUGACCCAGUAUACACCAUUCAUUGUGGUUUACUUCCUCACACCACUCCAAAUCCGGAACAUCAUAGAAGAGCUUCGCUUUUAGAGAUCCCAUGACAGCUGUUUAGUCAUCACAAUUUACCCCUCUGUCAGACAGUCAGAUCUGUGUGUCUGGAUCUUCCUAAAGCAACCUAAAGGACAAAAUGUUCUGUUGUUCCCACUAACUGCAAGUUGCUGGCCUUUGCAGAGUUCUCAAACUUUUUCUUUUUUAGUUGAGGUAUCUCAUGAAUAUUUGAAAUGGUGAAACAGCAAUAAAAAACUGUGUAGCAGAGACUAAAUAAAAGCAACAUGGCAUAUUUGACUUGCACAGAUUAAAAUCAUUGUUCAUGCUGAAAACCCAUAGUGUUUGAUUCAGCAAAGGCAGCCAUCCAGUGGCCUUUUUUCAAUGGAAGACCCUUUUUAUUGCAGCAAUAUGAUGCCAGUAGUCAGUUACACUGAUUACAACGUCUCUGUAUUAACAGAGUCCUUGUGCUAAUGCAAUGGACGAAACCCUGACCAAAGUUGGCACUCACCAGAGAUGUUUGCUGCAUUAUGAAGCAACCUGUGAUACAAAACCAGGCCUUGGACUGUUUUCCUUCUUUCUAGGUUCAAUACAUUAAUCAGACUUUUUUUGCACAAUUGCAUUUUUGUGCAAAGCAUUGUGCAAAAUGUUUCAUAUCUUUAAAAAAUUAUACUAAUACAAAUGCUUUAGUAAUUAUUUAUGUGUGAUAUUAAGAUAUUGACAUUAACAUGUGUAAAAGCACUUCUUACAUGUGAAAAAAAUAAAAGCCUUUAGAAACUGA